UGACUCUCUGCAAUUUCAUUCAGCCGUUUAGUCAGAUCAUCUUCUUCCAACUGGUAAUCAGAAUUCUGUUGUGAAUAGUCUGUGAGAAAUGGAGCACAAAACGAAAAGGGUAUCGAAGGGACUAUUGCAGAGUGAUGAAUUGCAUCAGUAUAUUUUGGAGACUAGUGUGUAUCCGCGUGAACCGGCACCUCUCAAGGAGCUUAGGAAUGCCACUGCCAGCCACCCCAGGGCUGGGAUGGCUACUGCACCAGAUGCAGGCCAGUUGAUGACCAUGUUAUUGGGGCUAGUAGAUGCCAAGAAGACAAUUGAAGUUGGAGUUUUUACUGGAUACUCUCUUCUCCUCACUGCUCUUGCAAUUCCUGAGGACGGCAAGAUUGUAGCCAUAGAUGUUGAUCGUGAGCCAUAUGAUCAAAUAGGAUUUCCGAUCAUAAAAAAAGCCGGUGUUGAGCACAAAAUUGACCUCAUUGAAUCCGAGGCCCUGCCUGUUCUUAAUAAGCUAUUGGAACAACAUGAAAAUGAAGGAAGUUUUGACUUUGCUUUCGUCGAUGCAGACAAAGUAAACUAUUGGAAUUACCAUGAGAGACUAAUGAAGCUGCUGAAGGUGGGAGGUAUUGCCGUAUAUGAUAACACUCUUUGGGGAGGGUCAGUUGCAAUGCCUAUUGAGUCGACUCCAGAAUACAUGAAACCAGGAAGACAGUAUACCAUAGAACUCAAUAAGUUGCUUGCUGCUGAUUCUCGUGUCCAAAUCUCGCAUGCCUCGUUAGGUGAUGGGAUCACAAUUUGUAAGAGACUGUACUGAAUUCUUCCUGAAAGCGAAAAGACGCUUGUUGUAAUCUUUCACUUGCUUUUGAUUUUAAGUUUUCUGAAUCCAAACUUUUAAUGAAAUAAUAUAUUGCUGGUUUGAUUUCUGCAA